AUCUGACAGCGUUUCAACGAUUUCAUUUCCUUACCGUCUACCAUUAAAAUUUCGCGUGUCUGGUGUACCUUCUGGAUAGCGAUACGUCUAGUCUAUGAUUCAUGACCGAGAAUCGGGAUCGAGAACACCGUUGAAGUAGAAACAGGCGUCAACAUCAACUAGUUCGACCUUAUAAGUCAUCUGGUGGUGUUCGUUUAUUCCCGUUUUUUUAGAAGAAAAUCUGUGAUAAUUCGCGAGCGUAUAAUCGUUAUUGGAAUAUCAUGUCGGAUACGAGACGACGUCGAAAAUCUAAUCAGUCUUGCGGUUCCGAUGACCUCUCGGACUCUUGCGAGGAGUUAAAUGCAACAAAAGAGACCCAGAGCAGUGAACAAACCGAUGGUCAUCAGGAUUCAGAGUGUGAAAUCUAUCCUUCUGAUUCCGAUGCCGAGUCUCAAGAUGGUGCAUUGAGAGAAAGUGGCGAUGGCCAGGAGGAGGAGAAACCUCAGAAGAAAUUGGACGAUGACGAAGACAGACGAAAUCCACAGUACAUUCCCAAGAGGGGAACAUUUUAUGAACACGAUGAUAGAACUAUUGAUGAAGUAGAAGACAGUGCUGCUGAACCACAGAAUGAGAGAGAGACCAAAGAGAAGAAAGUGUGGAAGGACAAGGAAGACAGAUGGGAUCAUGAUCGAUACAAUGAUGAGGAACAAGCACCAAAAAGUCAUGAGGAACUGAUAGCAGUUUACGGCUAUGAUAUAAGAAACGAAGAAGGCCCGCCCAGGGCAAGAAGAAGAAGAAGAUAUGGUCGUGGCCCAAAUAAAUAUACACGUAACUGGGAAGAUGAAGAUGCAUAUGGAAAACCUGGAAGCAAUGUUCCCGCAAGAAAUAAGAAGUUUAAUAGAAGUGCUGAAGAUUUUCCUGCUUUAGGAACCAAUAAAAACGCUCCUAAAGUAGACGAGCCAGUAAUCUCGUCAGCUUGGUACAGUAGUAAAAAUAAGUCACAAAUCAAAGGACAGAACUUUCCACCUUUACAAACUCAGGCCGACAGUCCAAAGACAAAGUCUAUCACUACUUCUAAUACUCACACAAAUGAGAACAAGGCCCCUAAUGAACCUACAAAUCCAGCCUGGAAGAAGGACACUAAGCAGUCGUCCCAUGCCCAGAGUAGUAAUGGAAACAGUGGGCCUGGCGGCGAUGCCGAUAAAUUAGCUUAUCCUAAAAUGUCUCCGAGAGAUAACAAUAAAAAGAACGUUCAAGAGUCUUCAACGAACAAGACGCCUCGGGGGCGAGGGUUCCGUUUAAGUGUAGCUAACAACAACAUGGUCACGAAUAAAUCGAUUGAGACCAAAUCUAAAGGACACGGCGCAGGACCCAUAAUCACUGAGAACAGAAGAAAUAGUGGUAUACAGAAUGACGACGAACAGCAAAUAACUCACGACAUGAAACAUGUCAGCGUUAACGAUGGUAGUCAGUACCAUCAAAGACACAAUAAAAACUUCUAUGGGCAGUCCUCGAAUCAACAAAGGUCGAGCACGGUACCUCCGAGAAUGCAGCAGCAAUCUCAUUCUCAGCAGCAGCAGCAGCAGCAGCAGCAGCAGCAGCAACCCCAACAGCAGCAGCAACAAGCGAUACAACAACAAGAUGGUGCUGCAAAUAGACCGAAACGUUAUUCCAGUUUGCGACAGCGCUCCACGGUUUCUGAUAAUGCGGGACAACAGAAUUAUCCGCCGCAGCAUGGACAGCAUGGUCAACACGGACAGCAUGGACAACAUAGUCAACACAAUCAGCAUAAUCAGCAAUGCCAACACAAUCAGCAUGGCUAUUUCCCUCCUCAAGCUGGAAAUUCAAGAGCCGUUUUAGAGCCACAAGGAUAUCCGCAGGGUCAUUUUGAACAAUCCACACCUGUUGCUGCCGCGGCCGCGCCUAUGGCUGGACAGCCGGUGAUUCCGAUACCACCUAAUGGUCAACCUACUAGCUUUGCUCCACCGGCGUUCUUGGUACCACCUCCGCAAUUUAUUCCUCCGCAGACUGCUCCGCCUAGUAUAAUUAAUUAUGUUCCUGGCCCGAAUGGACCAACGUUUCCACCGAACUUCCAAGGCUACCAAGGAUAUAGUCCAACGGUGCAGCCGCCGCGUCCACCACCACCGCAAGAAUUGUUUCAACCACAAGGUUGUACUUAUUACAGCCCGGCACAGCAGCAACAGCAACAGCAACAAUCGGCUCCGGUGAGACGACCAAAAGCGGCUAUACCGAUACUACCACCACCUGAGCAGGCUCAGACCAGAGGUAGAGGCCGAAUGACGCAGUCGCCGCAAAUGAUACAAUCCGGUGGUGUCCAACAGUUCGGGCAGGAAAUGAAGGUUAACUCCAUGGAAGAUGAUCAGAAAACUGUACCGGAACAGUUCGACGAUGUGGAAGAAACAGAGGUUCAUGAAGAACCGGAGAAAAACGAAGAUUUAAGUGUUCUAAUAACGGAUACUGUCGUUGAGAACGACGCGGAAGAUAUAAAAAGUCCCGAUAGCGAUGUACCCGUGAACUCGGAAGAUAUUAUCGGCGACCAGUUGGACGGAACAAUAGAUACUAACGAUUUAUCGAAAGGCAUUAUAGACGAAGGAAAUAUUGUCUCGCUUAAAACUCCACAGACAGUCAUCGAAGAUAUUAAAGAUGAUUUGAAUAAAAUAGAGAAGGCAGCGCCUGAAAGUUCGGUCGUGGAAGAAGCAGUAUAAAAUAAUCCUGUCAUGCAAUACGCUACGUUUUGUACAAGGAACGUAACUAUGACAUGAUUACACUUAUGUUAUAGGAAUGCAGUGUAAUAUUAUUUGAAGUUACUAUACGGUCUGUAAAGUAAACGAGGCACGAGAGCAAAAGUCGGCCAAUCCAGAAUGAUACUGUCGAUCUACACGCGGGUGCGUUCGGGAACUUCAUUAUUUUCGAAUAUAUAUAUAUAUUGACGAAUGUUUUUCGUGAAAAAACCGUGGAUUCGUUUACUGAUGCUCCUGAUUCCUCUGACAACCUGUGAAAUACCGUAGGAAUUGGAUACGUGGGUGUCUAAAACGUAAUUUGAAUGACAUUAUCUAAUUCCAGCGUAUUGUUGCAUACUACGUAGUUCACAUUUGUAAUAAUGUUUCGCUACGAAUUUCGAACCGAUCAGCUGCUACUAUUAAACGACAUUCUUCUAUAUUGUUAAACUCCUUUCAUAUAUGAAAAUUCUACUAAUAAUCAAUUAUUAGUAGAGGAAACUAGUGUUAAAUGUAUUAUCGUGUAUCGAAUAUUAACGUACACAGCGCAGACUGUGAGAAUGGUUAAUAAACCGAUAUCGAUUUUUUUAAUACAGACAGCUAAGGAUUUAUGUAAAUAGGAUACCAUCAGAUUAGUGACAUCAGCAUGUUUUUUUGUGUACAAAUAUGUUUGUACCACGAGUUAUUAAGUAAAAAACGAAUGAAGGAUGUUUCUUAAAGAAUACGUGAAUAAACAUAACAAUAUUUCAGUUUGUAUCUAUUACCAAUAUGUAAAUGUUACAUGCGUUUAUUUCGAAGCGUAGUUAGGGCGUAACUAAUAUCUAUUAUUAACUAUUAAACUUGUCGUUCAAUUUCAAUCGAUAAUUCUGUAAUAUUUGCGAGAAACAUCAAGUCGCAAUCAUUUAUACUUCUUUCCUUAAAUACUAAAUACAUUUACUAUGUUUUGUUACGCUAGAUGGAUCGGACAGAUAAUAUAUUCGUAACAACACUUUUUA